GCUGUUCCGUGUCGUCACCGCGUGACGCGGCGCGCGAGCCCCGCCCCGGCCGAAGGCUUUGUAAAGGGUCACGUUUCUCUGCAGCGCAGAAACAGGAGACUGAACCGCAUCACCAGCUCGUCGCUCACCUACUCUCUCCACCCAGACACCUACUAGUAGCCACCAUGACUCACCAGUAUCCAGCACUGACUGCUGAGCAGAAGAAGGAGCUGCACGACAUCGCUCUGAGGAUAGUGGCUCCAGGAAAGGGCAUCCUCGCGGCCGAUGAGUCCACCGGCAGCAUGGCGAAGCGCUUGAACCCCAUCGGGGUUGAAAACACAGAGGAGAACAGGCGUCGCUACCGCCAGCUGCUCUUCACAGCCGACCAGCGCAUUGACAGCUGUAUCGGAGGCGUCAUCUUCUUCCACGAAACCCUCUACCAGAGCACAGACGACGGCACCCCCUUCGCCAAGCUCAUCAAAGACCGAGGCAUUGUUGUUGGAAUUAAGGUGGACAAAGGUGUUGUGCCACUAGCUGGAACCAAUGGAGAGACCACCACUCAAGGUCUGGAUGGGCUGUCUGAGCGCUGUGCCCAGUACAAGAGGGACGGGGCGGACUUUGCCAAGUGGCGCUGCGUGCUGAAGAUCAGCGAAACCACGCCGUCCGAUCUGGCCAUCUUGGAGAACGCUAACGUCCUGGCCAGAUAUGCCAGCAUCUGCCAGCAGAAUGGUAUUGUUCCUAUUGUGGAGCCUGAGAUCCUCCCUGAUGGAGACCAUGACCUGAAGCGCUGCCAGUAUGUCACUGAGAAGGUCCUGGCUGCCGUGUACAAGUCUCUGUCCGACCACCACGUGUACCUGGAGGGGACGCUGCUGAAACCCAACAUGGUCACUGCCGGGCACUCCUGUCCCACCAAGUUCAGCGGCGAGGAAAUCGCCAUGGCAACCGUCACUGCUCUACGCCGCACUGUGCCUCCUGCUGUCCCAGGAGUGACCUUCCUGUCCGGUGGCCAGUCUGAGGAGGAAGCCAGUGUGAACCUCAAUGCUAUUAACAACUGCCCACUCCUCAAGCCCUGGGCCCUGACUUUCUCCUACGGCCGCGCCCUGCAGGCCUCUGCCCUGAACGCAUGGAGAGGAGAGCUCAGCAACGAGAAGUCUGCCACCGAGGAGUUCAUCAAACGUGCCGAGGCAAACGGUCUGGCCGCCCUUGGCAAGUACAAGUCUUCUGGGACCGGUGGUGCUGCAGGGCAGUCUCUCUACGUGGCAAAUCACGCCUACUAAACAUCAAACCUCCACAUACUACUGUGGCCUAGUUAGUCUUACUGUAUCUGCUCUGCUAUUCCCCUCACUCCUCCAUAGAUCACGGGCCUGCGCUGUCUACUGUACUUUAGAGUUGUCAGAGAUAUAAAAAUUACAUUAUUAGAUAUAUGUAUUAAAAUAUAAUGUGAAGCAGAAAUAUUAAGGUAACAGCAGGUGUGUUUUUCUUUUUUCCCUAUUUGGUCAAACAAUCCAAUCCGAACAGUUUUGAGACAGUUUCUGGAGUGGACAAGAAUUUUAUUUCAUCUGUCUGUCUUUAAUGGUUGCUGGAAUCAGAUGAGACGGUAGAAACUGCAACAUUUUAACAGUAGAUUUGUGACAGUCAGCGUCGGAGCCUCGUGUCUCCACCCAUCUCCACACCUGGUCCUUUCUCCUCCAUGUGAUAAAUCUGGAGCCACUGCCAGACAGGGCCAGUUAAGAGCAUGCGUGUCGGUGUUUCGCUUCUGUCAGUGCCGGCUUAUUAAACCAAUACUAACAUCCACUCUGACCGUGGGACGAGCCGAUCCUCCGAGGCAUCAGUGCACACUGUGUGGGGGGGCGACAAGAUAAGCGGGGUGAGAAUGUAGACUUUUGGGCUUGAAUUGAUCUUUUGAGCGACUGUCCAGACGUGUGGAGCACUCACUGUACUUUCAGACAGCUGCCGCAGCAGCAGGGGUCAGCAGACACACCGUAACAGACCACUGCACACCAGGAUUCAUCCCAAUGUUUCAUCCUGACCUUUCUGUUCACAAACUGUAUCUAUUCUGUCAUUAGCUUUGAAUUACAUACAGUAUUUAAUGUCUUUCAGUUGUGUGAACGUGUCUAUAUUGCGUGGCGCUUGUGUCAUCCUCCUCCUAAUUGCCCUCCCCACGCUCUGCCCCAUGCACACAGGAGAUGGUUUCUAUUGAUAUUCCCAUAAGGAGGACCAACGUGUGGGGCGAGCUGCGGGGAAAAGGUCACUGCUAUGUUUGAUUAAUGUUGUUUGUGGUGUUAUUGUUCUUGAAGCACUUGGUGUGUCAAAUAGUGGAGAAAAAUAAACUAAUCAAAACUA